GUUUACAAGUCGAGCAUGCACAUUAGGAAGAAAAAUAUUAUAAAAGAUAAAAAAGCUGCAACAGCAGAACUAACUUUAGUUGCUACUGGCACAUCAAUAGAAGUAAAGGAUGAAAAUAUAGAAACAGCUGUUGACAACAUAUUAGAUGAUUUAGUUGGUGAAACAAUUGUAGUUCUGAACUCCAUCAGUCAAAAGAAAGGAAGAAAAUUAAACUUUCUUGAAAUAAUACCUAAGAAGGCAGAAAUAGAAAGUGGGACCAUUCCUAAAAAGUCAAGUACUCAAUUACAUCCAUCGAAAAAGACUUGGUGUAAGCUUGUUUCUGAUGAAAAUCCUACUGUAAAACAAAAUUUUAUUGACAAAGCAGUUGAAACUGAUAAAAUUAAAAGCAAUGAAAAUCAAACCAGUAAGAACAUGAAAUCUGCAUUUCAUCAACCGGCUGACUGUGAAGGUGAUACGAGCCAUCUUCUUCAUAAUAGGACCUCUGAAAAAUCACCCGAUUCUAAAAAGAUGUCUCAUGUCCCACAACACCAGCCUGGCACUGAAUCAAGCAAACCUCCUCUUUACACAGAAAAAUGGAAAGUACUUUCUAUUGAUCCAAGAGUUUCUGAAGAAAUAAUAUGUAACAGAAAUCAGUUUUGGGAUUAUCUAGAAAAAAUAUCUCGUGUUGAGAAAGGCAACUUUAAUCCAUGGAUUUUAUCUAACAUGAUAUCUGAGGUUAUAUUGGAUGAAUGUAUUCAGGAUAUAACUCAAGAGCUUGGUGGUAUGUCAUCUUCUGUGAUCACGGCUUUGUACAAUCAAGAAUUUCUGAAAUCAAUGUAAAUAUAAUUUAUUAUAAGAGUUGUACAUUAUCACUAUAAAAUAUAUUUGCUAUAUUUUAAAUAAAAAGUUUGAUCGGAUGUCAAA